AUGGCCAUGGUAACUUCAGCCCAAGAUAACGCUCCGGUGCUCGACACCUCCGGGCAGGCUCUUCAAUCCGGUGUAGACUACUUCAUUAAACCCGCCAUCACCGACAUCGGCGGCCGUUUCACUUUGAUCGACCGAAACGACUCGUGUCCUUUAUAUGUUGGUCAAAAAAACACCUCCGGCUCCGAGGACUUCCCGGUGACCUUUGCGCCUUUCGUAGAGGGCGAGACGGUGGUGAGAGAGGGUAGGGAUCAGAAGAUCACAUUCUCUGCAGUCACAACCUGUGUGCAAUCAACUACAUGGAAGGUGGGUGAGAAGCAGUCCGAGACCCAGAGGAGGUUGAUUGUCACCGGAAUUGAUCAAAACGAAGGAAUAGCGGGUCCUGCCGGAAAUUACUUCAGGAUUAAUAAAGAUGCAGAUAUUGAUGGCGUCUACAGCCUGCAGUGGUGCCCUACUGAAUUGUGCCCGACUUGCAGGUUCAUUUGCGGAGAUGUGGGUGCUUUGCUUGAGAAUGGCAAGAGGUUGUUGGCCUUGGAUGGUUCUGCGCUUCCUGUUGUCUUCGAGAGGGCUUAA